GAAAUAGAAAGAGAAGAGAAAGCAGAAAAAGAGGGGAUGAACAUGAAUGAAGAGGAAGAGGAUGGAGGAAUGGCAGUUGAAGAUGAGAAAAGAGAAGAAUUGAGUACAGUGAAAGAGAAGGAAAAGGGGGCACAUGAAAUGGAGGAAGACUUGGAUAGCAAAGUAGAAAACAAACUGAAGAAUAAGAUAGAGGAUGAAAUAAUGCGCAGGCUGGAGGAAGAACUGGUGAAGCUUAAGCUGGAGGAGAAAAUGAAACAGAAUUUGGAGGAAGAGAUUAAAGUGAAGCUGGAGGAAGAGAAACUGAAGAUGACUGAAGAGAUGAAACGUAAGCUGGAGGAAGAGAUGAAAUAUGAAAUAGAGAAAGAGAUUAAGCGCAAGUUAGAAGAUGAGAAGAGUCGAAUGGAAGAGGAGUUGACAAGAAAGAUAAAGCAAGAGAUGAAAUAUAAGAUUGAAGAAGCUAUAGGAAAAAGAAAUAGGAUGGAAGAAGAGAGGUUAUGCAGGAAGCUAAUGGAAAGAAAAGAGAGGAAGAGAAGGAAAGAGGAAGAGCAGAAGAAAAAGGGGGAGGAGAGAAAGAGAAGGGAUAAGCAGUUGCAAAAAGAAAAGGAGGAACUGAUGGUCUAUAAUCUGGAGACAGAGAGGGAGGCAAAAGAGGAGAAAGAGAAGCGUAAAGAACACUUGGGGAAAGCAAAGGAGAAGGAUGAGGCAAAAUGCAAGGUGGAAGAAGACUUGAGGAAAAGGACUGAAGGUGUGAGGAGAGCAUUGGAGAAGAAAAACGUAAAGAAGAACUUGGAGGAAGCAAGAAAUGUGGAACAGAGAGUGGCCAAGAAGGAACAUAAACAGGAGAAAAUGGGUGAGAAGAUCAAAGACAAAAGACAGAUGGGCAUUGAGGGAGCUCAGCGGGCAGAUACGAAGAGGCUGGUUGAAAAAGAGGAGCAAAGAGUCUGUCCAAAGGCUGGGGGAGUAGAAGGUGGUGUGCAGAAAAGCAUGAUCGUCAAAAUGGAACAGCUUCCAAAAAAAUCAAAGGCACCUCGGUCUGAUGUGAAGCAAAUUGGCUCAGCUGCCUGUAAAGUUCCAGGCUUCCCUGUCUCCACUUCCCCACCAAGAUCCCAGCUGCAUGGAUCCUUCCAGCCAAGCUCUUGUAUGACAGAUAACAUCUUGCCAACAUCUGUCAGGCCAUUUGCAACAGCCCUUUGCCCACCAACCCCUGCAAUGCUAACAUACACGCAGAAAGUGCCAUGCCCCUCCCAAGACAGCAAACGCCUCCACCCCUGCCCCUUCAUCAGUGAGGGCAAAAGACAGUCCCUUUUGAGGAAUGAGCUGGAGGCAUUCUAUGAACUCUUUAAGCUGUUCUCGGAGCCUCCAUCCCACAAUGUGAUUGACAUUCACAACCUGUGCGUGGGCCUGCGAGCGAUGGAUAUAGAGCUAACUGAGGCAAAGCUUCGCGAGCUGCUGGCACUUCUAGAUGUCAAUAGGGACGGGCAGGUGUGCUUUGAAGACUUCCUGGAGUUUGUCACAGACACUGACCAGUUCCUCCGCUACUUUGCCCAGCUGCCUGACAGCUGUGACUGCUCGAGGUCUCAGAAAGGACUCCUGACUGACACUGUGUUUUUCAGAAUCCUGGCAGAGAUCUUACGCCUCGGGGAACUCUCUGUCGAGUCAACCAAGCAUAUUGUCAGGUAUUAUUUCGCCAAGAAAAAAGGAGCUGGCAUCAAAGAUCAGAGGGAAAAGAAAGCCAGUGGGGACGUACAAGCACCUAGUUUCAUGGGCAUGACACUUCACCGUCUAGUCCAUUACAUCGAUGUCCUGGAACCAGACGACAGCUAUGUGGAGUCCCCUCUCACCCAGCAACAGGUUGCUGCAUUUUGGGAGUUCUACGAGCUCUUUGACAAAAAUAACCAAGGCAACAUUGACACCUUCUCACUGCUGAAAAUCAUGAACUCGUUGUCCAUCUACAUGAGCAACCAGCUGGUGCCAGUUCCUUUGCAGUUUUUGGCGGUGAAUGAAGGCAGAGCUGUCACCUUCCAUGAUUUCCUGGGCAUCUUGAGUGACACGGGCACCUUUGGCCAGUUCCUGGUCCAGGAGCAGGACGCCAACUGCCAGGUGUGGAAUGCAGCAGAGAUUUUCACCACCGACGCUCUGAUCUUUGACGCGAUCGAGAAAAGCCUACAGUCUCCACUGCUCGAUGCCAGGGCAGCCGCCAACAUCAUGAACUACUACCACCAGAAGUUCAAGGGCUCACUGGUGCGGUGCCAGGACCACGCUGGAAGAUCUGAAGAUGCCGCUGGAGUGUCAGUGUGGGAUAUAUCAAGAGAGGCAUCCGCAGCCUACAGUGGAAAGCUGGUUCCAAGAGCUAGCACCGGCAGGAAGGAUGUGGGCGGCUCAGUGCAGGGCGGUCAGGCGCAGCCGCAAGCCAGGAGAUCCGAAGCUUUCCAGAAGCGAUUCCAAAAGGCCCUCCAAAACCCCAAUUUCAACACAGUAUUCAGCCAGUAUUCCUGGACCUGGAAAAUGGAGGAGGCUGAACGAAACAAACGACUGGAGCAGAUAAAGAAAGGAAAGGGCAAAAUUUCUACGAUGAAGUGAGUGAAUUGGCAGGGCAGGCAGGCAAUGGGGGAGGGUGUGGGUGGAGUUUUCUCUAUCGAGUUUUACACAAGCUGUAACUGAGAGUUUUUGGCCUGGCAUGUGAGUGACAGAAUGUAAUAAACAGCUACCACAGACGUGCAGUGAGCGACUGCUGGAAGGUCCCUUUUAUUACCCAGCCUUGUUACUUGCUGUUUUUUGUUUGUAUGCCUGCAUUUGACAACAUUGAACAUCUUAGUUCCCCCCACCCCGCGUCCAAUUCCCUCAAUCUCUUUCCACUGGGAACUCCCAAGCCUACGUUAGUACUCAGAACUGCCAAGUCACCAUAUUCCUUCCAUUUUCUUUACUACUCUUUUCAAACAUACCUCAAAUCAAGUUAAACAGCCUCUGUGAUGGGGCACUGAAACAAAAAUACAACCAAACAGUAAAAGGAAACUCAUAUUCAGUAGCACUCAUGAUUGCGAAGUGGGGUCCUAGAGAAAUGACUUAGUUGAGGGAUCAGUUAGCUCAUUCGGCUGGUCAGCUAGUUUGCAACGUAAAGUGAUGCCAACAUCUGAGGAUAGCAAGAAGGAGUGUCCUUCUCAGUCUGUAUCCUCACCUGAACCAUGGUUAUCCUCAGGUACAACGAGAGCAGAGCACUGGUCUGAUAACUCUAUGGGAACUUUCCCUUAACCUCCCGCAGACCUUGGCUGCUGAGGCUGGGCCCCUGUCACAUUGCGCUAUAGCGCUGCCUCUGAUAGGAAGCUGAAAUUGCAAUGUGACAUGUUUACAUGGGCAGUUCCCCUCACAAAUGGUGACAUGGUAAUUUCGAAGCAGUCCGGUAAUAGAAAGCGAAGGCAGCCCAGGCUCAGGCACCUCUCAACAACCCAAAUGUGAGCUGCAACCAAUGCAUGCUGUCUGUCGAAGCCGGGGGAGGGGGGAGCCAUAUUGUGCACAGCAAGAUCCCACAAAUCGCAAUGCGAUGAGUGGUCAGACCUUUCUAUCUUCCAGCAAUGAGGGGCAAAUACCAGUUGCAGUACACCAACUCCUUCCCCCACCACGACCACUCCCACCCCUGCUGCAGCAGUUGGAAGUGACUGCUAUCAAACCUCUCCCCUGCUGCCCCCUAGAAUAAACAGAUUUGCCAGAUGCAGUCCGCCCACUGGCAUGUCAUGCCAUGCAGCCUGGCAGCCAGUACUGACUUACCGCCACCCCACCUCUCUACACACCACUGGCAGCGUCCAGUGACCAUGGCUGAGCUGGGUGGUGAGAGGACUGCAGGCUUCAGGGCAAAAGGUGGAGGUUGAGAGCUAGGAGGGAGAAACAUCUGCAGUUUAAACAGUGUGGCUUUAAUUAAUCGCACACUUAGGUAACACACAUCACCAUCUGAGGUCACAAACCACACAAGACAUCACAGCCCUCAUGGGUGGGGAGGUUGGGGGGGGAUUGUGGAGGACUUGCUGAAAUGCCCCCCAAGAUACAAUGACGGCUUUGAGUUGCAAAGUAUGGUGCCCCUUUUCCUCAGAAAGAAUCCAAGUCAUACCAAAAGGCCCUCAUGUUUGUAAGGACAGGGCUGAGGCAGAGCUCUGAUUGGGCCGUCCAGGCUGGACAGGAUUGGACCUUGAUGUGUUUGAUGUAUCGUAUGGCGUGAAAUGUGCUGACAAGUCAAGCUGAAUGAAGUGAAUCAGGCAGGGGAAGGCACCCAAUCUGGACCAGAGUCUGGGACGGAGGCCUGUUUCUGAAAGGAAUAGCAAAUACUAGGAGGAAGACGAGAAUCUUUUAGAUUCCUUAAGACCGCUGGACGAACAUAAGAGGCUUUCUCAGAAAAAAACCCAAAUAUAGAAA